CAAACGUUUCAGGCGUUUCUCUGCGUCUGUCAGUUCAACACUAUCGCUAUCUGUCGUUAUGCACGUUGAACGUGCGGUGGUUCAUGGUUGUUGUUUUUUUUGUUGUUGUUCAUGUGUUUAUUCUUUGCAUUUACAUUUACUUCCAAUGUUGAGUGUAAUUUUUACUUUCUGUGCUUCUGUUUGUUUGUUUAUUGUUUUAACCCUAUGCCAGGUUCUCGGGUCACUUUUUGCUAUCGAAAUCCAGCAUUUUUUUUCAGUGCCAGUGCUUUUGUACCACUCCCUCUGUCGUGUUGCUUGCUUGGACAUUGUCCUAGCUUCAGCUCCCGUGGCCGAAAGGAGGGGACGUCCUUUUAUUCCCUAUAUUUGUGGAGCAUCGAUGUUAGGGGUCGUUUCCUUUCCUGCGCCACAGUUGAAGAGGAAAGCGGAAACAAGACACUUUAGUCUUGAUUUAUGGAUGCACUUGUAGUUGCAUUUUUCUUAAAAUGGAACUGUUUUAUUAUUUACAUUUUAUAUAUAGCGAGUGAGUUGAGAUGUAUGUGUGAGAGAGACUUUGUGACUAACCCCUUUUGCUUUUUUGGAUUUACACAGCUGGAGCCCUUCAGCCAUGGAUCUGCGUAACAAAGACUCUUCAUCUGAAGAUGUGCUAUCUGUGGUCAUUAUUGGAUACACUCCCUACUUGUCUCCUGAGGGCUUCCACCCUAAUCCAGUCCUACACAGAAAACUUGCUGAGAACUCUCACUUGUCAUUGUUUGAACAGGAUCUGGAGUAUCUGUGUGAAGGGGUGGAGGGCCGAUCGUCAAACCCAGUUGCUGUGCUCUUCGACUCCUUGCUCCUGCCUGACAGCGAUUUUGGAUUGAACUACACCUCACCGUUGCUCUGGCGACAUGAACCAGAGCGAGCCAUACCACACCUGGUAUUGGGGAAAGGCCCGCCCGGGGGAGCAUGGCAUGCGAUGGAGGGCUCUAUGCUAACACUCAGCCUUGCCAACUGGAUGGAACUUCCAGGCCUCAAACUGAAGGACUGGAUGAGGGACAAACGCAGGAGCGUGCGCAAUGAUCGGGCCACGCCCACUGAGAUCGCCUCCUACUACCAGCACUAUGUCAGUCAGAUGGGUCUGGAGGGGCGCUUUGCAUGUGGCACCACAGUCACGUCACUACAGCGUGUGGCCCUGGGCCCCGGACGCUCUGGAUGGAGGGUUGAGGGGGUGCAAAGGCGGGCUGACACAAUGAUGGACCUGCCCUUCUCUGUACAGGCUGAGAACGUGGUCCUCGCCACAGGCACCCACGACAUCCCUGCCCGGCUGGGUAUAGAGGGCGAGACACUGCCCUUUGUGUGCCACAGCUUCUGGGAGCUGGAGGCGGCCAUUCUGUCGGGGCGCCUGGGCCGGGCAUCUGAGCCCGUGCUGGUGGUGGGUGCAGGGUUGACGGCAGCUGACGCAGUGCUGGCUGCCCACCACCUCAACACACCUGUUUACCACGCCUUUCGGCGCUCCGUGUCUGACCCGGCUCUCAUCUUCAACCAGUUGCCCAAGCUUCUGUACCCGGAGUACCACAAAGUGCACCAGAUGAUGAGCCAGCAGCAGUACCAGCCGGGUGACGCUGAGUCGGAGCCAGGAGCCCAGAGUGUACCGCUGCCUGGCGGGGGUGACAACGUGGCCCGCUACCUUGGCUACCUCAGCUUCCCCAAGCACCGCGUGGUGGCAUUCAAGCCUGGCGGCAAGUGCGUGCUGGAGGGGGAGGAAGGGCAUCAGAUGGCGCUAUGUGUCUCCAUGGCACUGGUCCUAAUUGGCUCCCACCCAGACCUGGGGUUUGCGCCCGAGCAGGGGCGAGCCCUGGGGUUGGAGCCUGGCGAGCCAAUCAGCUGCCGGCGCAAUCCUAUCGACGUUAACCCAUACACAUAUGAGUGUGUGCAGGAGCCGGGACUGUAUGCCAUGGGCCCGCUGGUCGGCGAAAACUUUGUUCGCUUCCUGAAGGGGGGUGCCCUGGCGAUCGCGUGCGACUUGGCUCGCAAACGGCGAUCACUGCCAGACAGGGCCACAGCAGAGAGCUCCGCCUACCACUUGCUGAGUCACCAACUGUCCAACUGCAGCCUGGUGUGUGUGGAGGGGGGACAGGGACAGAGUGUGAAGGAGAGACUGGAGAGGAGAGAAAUGGGCAAAGUUGAAUGACUGACUAUUUUGCUGCAUGCUCAUCUGCUUUUAAAGGGUUAAGGGGAAGGUCUUCUUUAAUGAACUCCCUGUAAUGCCAGAAACACUAAUCACUGAGCAGCUCCAUGUCUGCAAAGAAAGGGAUAGCCCAGAAUGAGGGCAAAAGAAGAAGGAAAAAAUGGGUAAAAAGGAGGAAAACAUGUGAAAUGUUUGCUUGGACUGUUGUGUGCUUUUAACAAACCAGGACCCAGCCUUGAUUACAACAGUCGGUACAUGCUGGUGUUCUGCACAUGCAUGACGGUGUUAAAACUGCAUAUCUCGCUAGUUUAAGGCACUGUACUCAAAGACUUCAGGGAAUUAUUAUUAUUUUAUUAUUUUUUUUUUUUAACUUCUGUCAUGGCAUAGUUAUUGUGCCAAAAAAAUGUUUGCACUCUUUGUACUCCUUCCAUGUAAAUACUUGCUGUACAACUUUUUCUGUAAUGAGUUGUUUAUAGGGGCUGUUGAAGGCAAUAAUGAUGGAUAAUGACCUGAAUUCUUCAUAUGGGGAAUACUAAACUCUUUGCCAAGCAAAUUUUGUUUUUGUAUCAGUCCUGGUACUUGCUUUCAUUUACUUGUUUCUUUUAAUGUUUUGAAUAUGAACUCUAUUCAUAGAAGGACUAGCACAGACGUGUCUGUGUGUGUCUGUCCCAUGAUUCAAACUUUUGCUGUGAAAUGUCAAGCUAUUAUACUAACACAUGUAUGUGUUCUCAAAUAGUCAGUCAUUUUUAUAUGUAUUUAUAGUGGUAUUUUUUAUCAUCCCUAUGCUUAAUCCUUUGUCUGAUUUGCCUUCAGCAUUAAAAAAUAAUGGUAUUCUACCUUCUUAGUAAUUUACUAAUUUGUGUGUGUGGUCACAAGUUGCUAAAAUUAAGACCAAUAGACAUUAUGAAGACAGAGGUGUAAUGAUGUGUUAGUAAGCAAUGUUAAAAUUAGCAAACAAGUUCCAACUUGGAUCUUAACUACUAGGGAGCCUUACUGCACGGUUUGACCUUGCAGGUAUGAAUGUUGUCACAUUUGGUGAUUCCUUGUGUAAUUGCACUACUGAAAUUGAAUUUAGAUUCAAGAGUCCUGCAUAAAUUGCCUGCAUGUGUGCGAAGACCAAGUUCUUUAUGAAGGUGACCUGUGUGAUAUUGAAGGUGUUGGGCCAAAUAUUUGUUUGCCAUUGAAGCAAUUGAGGCCUUAAAUGAAGUAAAUUUUAAUUUUUAAUAAUUGAAUUUUUAAAAAGGGAGAAGGCUAAAUGUAAAACAAGGGACAGCAUACUUUUAUUUUUCAAAACAAAAUUAUGAAAAUGUGUAUAUAUUGAAUACAAAAAGCAAUUUCUUUGUUUGAAACUAUUUUAUAUAGUGCAAAGUAAACAUUUUAAAGAAGCAUUCCAAGUGACAAAUUUAUAAACUUUGGGUGUGGGUGGGUUUUUUUUUUUGGUGAUUAAAUUACAUUAUAAAUCCACAGUGGUGGUCCAAGCCUCUAGAUAUAAUUGAUGGUGGCUCCCUGAUUUAAUGUUUGCAUUCUUAUAUUUUUGUAAAAAAUAGUGUAGUUGACUCACCGUUUACGUGAAUAAAUUGUUACUAAAAAAUACAAUAUUAAAAGCAAAUAAAUCACCCAAUGUUUUGGGAUAAAUA